CUGCCUCUCUCAGUGUGCACCGAACCGAGUUGCAGGGUCUGCACCUGCCUAAAAAUAAAAUCAGCAUUGCUCUAUGUAAGCGCAAGCAAUGGCCUCGAGUUCCUCGUUGAAAGUCAAUCUUCUGGCUUAUACGAAAAAGGAAAAGAAUUAUUGUUACUGUCUUGCGGAUGUCGGUAGUUUUGCUUAUUAUCGAUUCCUCGCGUGUGAUAGUGUAUCCAGAUAUUAAGCUUAGUGAUAUUUAUGAAGACGGCGUGGGAAAAAUUAUUUCGAUGGCUUCAACUCCAUGAAAAGAAAUUCUGUUUACGGCGAUGUAGACCAGAAGACGUUCCACCAUGUAUAUCCUAUAGCAUCUUCUGGGCUCUUAUGUACAUAAUAAGGAUGACCAGAUGACCGACGACUUUCACAUUCUCCCAGGAGAAUCGGUAAAGGGGUAAGGCGAAGUGCGCAAGGCUCAUCGGGAACUGGAAGACUUUACUAGCCGUCCAGGAUGAUGACCCACCACGAUGAACCUGCCUUCAACUUCCAUAUUUAUUUGCUUCGCACUGACAGAGAUAAGAGUAACGUGCGCGAAAUCCUCGCACUCGAAUCCCUCGCGUCCACCGAGUGGCUCUGGGUUCUCUCGAUUCUCUCGGUUCUCGAGACGCGACUCAUAACAGUUCCUCGCCGUGGCACAGACUGUACAACACAACGAGACGAGAUCGUGGGAAGAGAUGUCGGCGGACGGUGAAAGUUCAGCUAAACUUUACCGCGGAUUGGUAUAUUUUGAUAGCACAGUCUCCUCUGUUCCCUCUUAACUCGGGAGGAACAUAUGAAAAGAAUUCAACAAGCGUUUUGCAGAUCGGUUCCUUGCGUGUAUUGAAUUCACAUGGCUCAUCAUAUUGCGACACAGAAUCGAGGGGAUCAUGUCAAAUUAUGUCGAGGAGCUGCGUUUUAUUCUUAUUGUUUACCCAUGAUCGGUAAUUGAAUUUAUGCAGAAGAUACGAAGUCAUCGGAAUCAUUCGACCAACUGCAAGUUUACAGAAUUUCCGGCAGAUGGAGCGUCAAUGCGACGCGCGUCAGCACCAUGCCGCUUGGUUCCUUCAAUCGGAAAUAUUAGAAAUAUGAAUACUAUAAAGGAAACGUUAGAUGAACAGGACCCCGAUUAUGCAACUCCUGCUCCAAGUGAUGAGAAGCAACAAAAGUUGUACGAAGAAAAUGCUCGCGCCAACACCGCACGUAAAAUCACGGACAUCGUUGAGAAGGAAUUCUCGAAGGAGAUCGACACAAAAGAAAAGGAAGUCCUCCAGAUUCAGAAUCGUCUGCACAAGGCACUAAAAACACUGCAUUUGUUGCGUUACGUAAUCAUUACUGAUUUUUACAACCGUAAACAGUGCCAGGUGCCUCAGUCGAGCGAAUCGAAACAAAGCCGAAUCCAUCCAGCCAUAAAGCAGCUCAUUGGCAAGAGUCCCAAGCAACAUAACAGGGCGCCAUCUCCGGAUCCAGCAGUUCCAUCAACAUCAAAGGACCCGCGUUUUCUGGACGUAAAUAAUUCUACAAGCAUAAAGGAGGAUUCUGACCAAUCGGAAAUUCGCAAACGACUUGGCCAAUGCGACGAAGACUCAAAUAAAUCACAUAGGAUUGCAAAGCGUUCCUGCGAAAGUCUUCAAAGUGAAGAGGAGCCAGCAAAGAAAGUUCCUCGUUACAUUCCUCCAAAAAGUGGAAUUCCUGAACCUCCUUGUCCUUCGAGAGGUCUUCAUCAUAAGGUGCGAAAAAGGAUUGUAGUUGGAAAUAUUUCAAAAUGGAUCCCGCCAGAUUGGCGAGAAGACGCGGCCAGCCACAAGUGGACGAUGUACGUUCGCGGCAGCAAGGAAGACGCGGAUAUUAGCAAUUUUGUCAGCAAAGUCCGAUUUUUUUUGCAUCCGAGUUAUCAGCCCAACGACGUCGUUGAAGUAACAUCCCCACCGUUUCAUCUGUCACGUCGGGGCUGGGGCGAAUUUCCAUUAAGAGUACAAUUGCAUUUUAAAAAUGUUUUAAACAAACCUAUGGAUAUUAUUCAUUAUCUAAAAUUAGACCGUACCUACACAGGUCUGCAAACACUCGGCUCUGAAACAGUAGUCGAUAUCUGGAUAAAAACUAUGAAGCCACGUCUUGUUGAUGCAAAUAUAGAUGCAGAAUUGUCUCCAGUUAAAUCUUCAACACCUGUCAAUGAAAAUAAUGUUUGCAUAGACGCGACUGUUGUCAAAGACGAAUUUCCACCUGUUGAGAAUAAAGCCGUUGAAUCGAUUGAUUUGAAUAAUAGCAUAAAGCGCGAACCUCUCGGAAUAAAUGAUAUACGAAAAUUUUCAGUCGAAUUUGAUCACGAUUAUUUGAGUAGCGAACAGCGUCUCGGCCAAAAUUAUUCACAAAUUAUUCACAGUGCAGAAAGCAAUAUCACUAUUGAGCAUUUACCUUCCGGUAUGAUGAGACAUAGAAUCGUACUGGAUGGUAAUAACACGAGACUGCAGAAUGGAGUCAAUGGCGAAUCGGCUUCUCCAGCCUGCAAAGAGGAUUCUGUUCUUUGCGAAGAAAGCACCACAAAGGCGGACAACGAGUACAUUGGAAAUGUCAAGAACAUGGAAAAUCCAAAUAAAAAUACUAGUCAAGAUACAAAGUCUAGCCCAUUGAAAUCUGUGAAAGUAACUGUGAAAACAGAUUCAGAAGUCUCAGGAAGAAAAUUUGAAAAUUUACGGAAUGGAUGCGUCGCGAUAAAACCAAUUCAAGCAAUGACACCCACAGAUAAGGUUUUCUUAAUGUCCAAUGUGGGAAAUAUGUUACAACAGAAAAUUUAUGUGAAAAACUCAACGACGCCGGACAAAGUCACCGCAUUGUACAGCAAUAAAUUAUAUUCGAAUUUAAAAACACGAAAUACCAGUAAUUCUGCAGUUAAAGUUCAAACAGAAGCCUCUGCAAACAUUCAAAGUUCUGUGUCGCCGGUAGAAACUGAGGAUACCAAGAAUAUGCAACAAAUUGAGAUGCAGAAACUAGUAACCUCUGUUAAAAACUUGCCAGGGAAAUUGCAACCUUUGAAAAUCACAAUACCACCGACAUUCGAACCAGCGAAGAAGAAUCAAUUUCUUGUUUUGAAAAAUAACAAAUUGAUACCAGUAAAUGCCACCAGCUUGCUCAAAUCGAAACAAGAAGGCACAUCGAGUGUUAUUCCUGCAGUGAAAGAAUCUGUAGUCAAAGAAAUUUUGCCAGCCGACAAUAAAAAGAUCUCUUUGAUAAACGCCAAGUGCAUAAAGUCCAACGCUCCUCUAGUGAGGGGCGUAAGUCUCUUGAAAAAGCCUCCAACAAAUAAUACAAAUACGCAAAAAUCGAUGGUUCUCAAAAUAAAUCCAUCCAACAGUUUACUCCUGAAUCAAACGUCCAGCGUGCCGGCCUUACAAAUAGCAAGUCCUUUGCAGGCUCAACAGAAAGUGCAGAACGACGUUAGUGCUCAGCAAGAAGUAGUAGAUCAACUGAAAGUGAAGAAAUUUGCACAGACUCUGAACCCUGAGGCACAGGACAACGGCAAAGUUGCCAAAAUAAAAGUUACACUGGGAAAGGACAAAUAUAAAAUUCUCAGCAAAAAGGAAGCAUACGAGGAAGUGAUUAAGUCCAUAGAAGCAGUGGAAAGAAAGGAUUUAUUGGGAACACUAAAAUACAUCAUAAAAAGAUUACCCUUGGUAACCAAGGAAGCUUCGGAUGCCGAAUACAGGCGCAUCCAUCCCUACGCUUGUAGAAGCGAAGAAGAAUUCUUCAACUGUAACAUCGGAAAGCAACGGGCUUUGGAAUGGUGCAGAGCAAAGACCGUCAGGAACUUCUUAAGGAAGAAAGGAUUUCCCGAGGAUGAACUCUGGAGCGCCAAGGAGAUCAUCAUCUGGGCGAGACUUCACGGUUUCACGCCAAUCAGAUUUUCACUGGAUAUAGGAAGACUAGCGGUAAAAACUACUAAGAAGAUGCCAGACACAAGUGAUCUUACUUGCUCCACCUCCACCGAACCAACUGCCUUUAACGAAUGGCUAGAAAGUUUGAAGGACUCGAAGAAUCCACAGAACGAUCAGGACUCGGACAUCGAAGUGGAUGUCGUUCACGUCGUGCAGCAAAAUCUUAAGGCCAAAGUCAAAGAAGAACCCGAAGAUCAGUUGGACAGAAAGAUAGCUCUCGAGCUACCUCGUGACCUCGAAUCCUCUCAUGCAUUCGUGGACGAAACUGCUAGGAACAUUGGCAUACGACUUCAACCGGAAGAGAUAAUUCCAGGCGUAAGUCAUUGUGCAGCUGGACGCGUUAUUAUUAAGGCGGUACAAUGUUUAGUCGAAGACUUGACGCGAUUAUCCCUCGCCAAAGCCUGGCAAAGGAGCAGCAAUAAGUGCCCGGAAACGAUAAUCCUCGAGGACGUUCGGAAUGCCCUUCUGUCUCGUGAGGAGUUCGAUCUUUUCACGAAUGCUGGAUUAGGUUCGCAACGAGAUCCCAACGAUUGGUCACAUUAAAGCAAAAUCAGAGAACGAGAAAAUAGAAGAUUCUUCAGACUGAAUUCUCAAUGUUGAAUUUCCAAAAUAUUUCUCGGCGAGAUCGAUGGCUAUCCGAGAGCGCAGUACAAAUGUUUGCACUAGCCAAUCUUAUAAACGGAUGCCUUCCUAGGAUCGUGAGCGCAGUCGUAUCAGUUCCAGCCGACGGGGAUGUCAUAGUAGUCGACCUGAAGUUUCAGCCAUUUGUGAAUCGGCUGAUAAUACCGAAUCAGCGGUUCCAUCCGAUAGGUCGACCAUCCUGUCAUCGUCCUCAGGGCAUACUUCCAGUUGACGCUGCUUCCCAGACUCAUCAUAGAUCUAGUUCAAGAAACAUAGGAGGAACUUGUAAUUAUGCAGCCUUGGACACGCUCAUGCGCAUCCUACGGUCAUCGGACGUUUUUAUUACAACUUUUUUUCUAGCGAUUUUUGUAAAUAAAAGAGGCUGAGCCACUGUGACAUUUUUAAA